AUGUCCAACGACUCAUUCCACUACUUCGCGCAGCUGCCUCUAGAAAUACGCCGUCUUAUCUGGGAGCACUGCCUACCGUAUCGUAUAGCAGAAGAAGACAUCCCCGCCUUUCUUCUCGAUGGCGACGAAUCGCGUCAAGCCUGUUUUCCCAAGCGUACAACGUACCUAAACACUCGGCUGCCGGUCAUCGCAUUUGUAAAUAGCGAGUCUCGGCACGUCGCGCUGGAACAGGGACGCUGGGAGCGAGGACAGGAGCCAACUAGCCUGGAGUCGAUCUGGGUGCAGCCGCGUCGGGAUGUGUGGCAUAUCAACUGGACGCGAGCGAGCUACGAUGUCAUGGGACCGGCCAUUGAACCUGACAGUCCAAUGGCCUAUACCCUGUGGCAUGCAGCAGAGCUUGGGAUGCAACCUUCUAUCGUGGCAGAGAUGAUUAACUACUUUGACCUGAAGGGGCUAUUAGAUGGCACUUAUGGCACUGCUGACGCGGAUGACGAUGAUGAAUUCUGGCGCCGAUCGUUUCACCAUCGCACCAUGAGAUACCCUCUAGACAAUCAAGAAGCCAGGGAUAUUGCCGAUCUCGCAGAAUAUGCACGGUGGCUCGACGUAGCAAUGGUGGCAGUUACUCUGCAUAUCAGUCGGGAAGCGGCUCUGAGGUCUGGCUUGUUUGGGCUGUUAGGCGAUGCGCCUGUUCAGAUGGUUGAUGUCGAUGACGAAGCUCGGCUGAGGGAAUUUCAAGCACUAUUUAGGGAGCGUGCAUUGGAAAACGAGCCGGCCGUGCAGACGCUCUUCGAAUUAUUCACAGGUACUCAAUUCCGAGCGGCUGUGGAAACAUGGAAAAGACAAGCUGAAUGGAUCUUCCUCGCGUCAAUGUGGGACUACGCACGAAAGGAAAACGACAAUCUUCGGACGAACCCGGGCUCUGCUUGGAUUCCUUACCUAUCGGGGCCAGAGUAUAUCGACUUACAUCGGUAUUCGCCUAAUGAGAACCAUCCGUGGGUCCAAGAAGCUAGACAGACCUCGACAUGGCUUAGUGAAGUUCCCGCGCUAUUAUAUUUGGCGACAUAG